UUAUAGGUGUACUUAAUUGAAGUGAAAUUUCUUUCAAGUAUACAACCAAAGUGAACACAAUAUGAUAUUCGAACAAAUUCGUCUUAUUUAAAUAAAAUAAUGGACGAAGCAUUAACUUUAACAUGAAUUACCAUUCGAUGUGUUAUCCCUUUGUUUUAUUAUGAUAACCGCAGCCCCCAUGUUAUAAUCGACGGUCUUAUGAUAACCAAAUUACGAAAGAAGUCCCUUACAUUUUGUGCAUCACACUCUUACACGUAAUAGUGUGAUGGCACAAGAAGUCCGUAAUAAUGACGGUAUAUAUAUGAAACAGGACAUAUCUAACGUUGCAACUCAAAAUGUAUGUUUCGUAUGUGGGAAUUCGGGUCAUUCUGAACAGUAUUGGUUAAGGAUACGACCAUCAUCUACAGGACCUAUAGAUGGCACACCACACUUUCCAUUCCUGGAAAUGCAUGAGCCGCCACAAGGUUAUAAACUGUCAUUUGAUUCUAAGCAAGAAAACAUGGUGACAAGUUGUUACUUAUGUUAUUCACUUCUAAUCGGUCAGUGGGAUAGGUAUGAACAUGAUAAUGUACCAGCAAGACAACGAGUAUAUUGGCUGAAACGCUGUGAUAAUGGCCCAUUUACUGGUGCUGACCUUUCAACUCAAGGAGAAUAUGCAUGUCAACUAUUGGGUCUUAGUGUAGAUUUUACAAACAGCCAUAAGGAUACAGUAAUGUCAUCUGCAAUGUCACAAAUAACUGGAGAAGAUAGUAGAGGUACUAGAUUUCAACCGACUUCUGCUUCAACUUUAUCUGAUCACAUAACUCAACAAAACGGUUCAAAUACAAUCAAUAUGGGGGCACCUCAUUCUAAUCCAGGAAGUUACAGUAGCAGCAGUGGUACAGAUAUUUUGGAUCUUUCGAUGCCUGACAAAAACUCUUCAACUGAAGUGUGCUAUGUUUGUGGUGAGGAAUUUCGUCGAGGUUCCUUAUCACACGUGUCAGCUAAACCACCUGUAGUCAUCAAUCAAACUGACCAACCAUUUUUUCCUAGCCUUAUGUUACAUCCUAGACCUCCUCGUUCAAGACCAAUGGAUAGUACAGGUCGUGUACAGACAUGUUCUGCUUGUCAUGCUCACCUUUUAAAACAAUGGCAGGUAUACACAUCAAAAGGUAUUCCACACGGAGAAAGAAAUUAUAUUCUGCGCAAAAGAUUAAUUCCUUCUAUUGAUACGUCUACAUUUGUUUGCUUCACUUGUUCACUUGAAUAUCCUUCAGUAUCGAUGCGAAGUUUAUACUGUUACCCAAAUAACAGUCGUGAGCCCUACUAUCCAUCAUUAACAAAAAUAAAAACUCCACCCGGAGCUCUUCCGAUAUCUCCUCAAGGCACUGUUCAAGUAUGUGCUGUAUGUUUUAAAUCUGUUCCUCAAAAGCAUCAAGUUACUAUGUUGAUGGAUUUACCUGUUGUACCUUCUCCAUCUCCAUCACUUCAGUCAAUUAAGUCACCUGAUAUUCGUUUUCGCCCAUAUGAUAUCACUAAACCAAACAAAUCGCAAACAUCUUCACCGUCUGUAAUACAUCAAAAUAGUUUAAAUGCUGCUAUUGAUUUAACUGGCAAUGGAGGAGGAAGUGACCAUAUUAUGAGUGGUAAUAAUUUUCGGUGUUAUGUUUGUUAUGAAAUGCUACCUCGUUCUCAACUUAAAUGGUUGUGUACAAGUGCCGAAGGCAUGAAUUCACAUGCCAUGCAUUUUCCGUGUCUUAAACAAUUAUCAAGGUCGUCAGAAAACUAUUGUGUUGAAUCUCAAGGUAGAGUUUUAUCCUGUAAUAAGUGUGUUCAACAACUGACUACCCAAUGGAAUUCUAUGGAAACCAACAGGGUCCCUUUAGAACAUAGAAGGUAUAACGUUCCUAGUUUGAAUGUUAAUGGUUAUAACUCGCAGCAAACAUCUAAUCGAAAUGAUGUUUCAUCUAUUUAUUGUUUCUUAUGUGGCUAUCAUUCAGAUUUAACAUAUGCCAGAGUUCUAUAUAGUCAUCCACAAGGUAGAAAUGCUCCUUAUUUUCCUUAUCUUUUAAAACAUGAAACGACUGCAGGAUCAGAACAGUUGCGUGAAGAUGGGUCUGCACUAGUUUGUACAUUUUGUUACCAUGGUUAUGUCGCCCAAUGGCGAGAUUUUGAAGCGGCAGCAACUCCCGUUCCUCAACCUCAACGACUGUACAAUCAUAAAGAAUAUGUUUGCUAUGUUUGCACCCAACGAACAGGACGCCAUAGUAUUCGGUCUUUAGCGAUAAAUGAUUAUCCUUUCUUACGUUACCACCGUCAAUCUGAUCAAGCGUUAUUACUGGAAAAUGGAGAGUUUGCUGUGGUCUGUGUGGAAUGUUAUGAAACCAUUCAUAUACAAGCUCUUGAGUAUGAACGUUUUGGUAUGCCUUUAGAUAAGCAAAGUCUUCAAAAUUCUUAUGCUAAUAGCAUCAGGCAAGACGAUUAUACUGAUCAACCAAUUCCACAAAAUAUGACAAUUGAUAAAAUACAGGGUAAUCAAACAAAUAAAAUUACGCGGAAAAAUAUCAAGCAGACUCUGGAUAAUUCUAAGCGACCUAUACAAAGCUCCAACAAUUACAACUCCAAAGUAGAUACAGGUUUAAACAAACUUCAAUCUUCUAGUUCAAUUUUGAAAAAUCCAUUAAAUCCAAAUUGUGUAGGUCAAGCUCUUCCACCAUCAUCUGGUGGUCGGUCAUUUGCUGCUGCACUAAGAAAUCUUGCAAAACAAGCAGGUCCAUCUUCCAUACAAUCGAAUGAUAAAGAAGGAACUGAAGUCCUGGAAAGACAGCAACAAGGAUAUUUAAAAAGUGGCAGAAUUCCUCUAUCUUAUCCUAAUAAGUCAACACCAAAUGAUGAAUCAAAAUCGGGUGCGGUAAAUCUAGAAUCUCGCAGUGGCUUCCAGCCUUAUAAGCCGGAUGAACAAAGAUCGUUGAUGUCUACAGCGGUUUCUGCCCCUUCUCAUUUUAUGGUUGACCCUGCUUCAUAUUCACCUUACCAUCCAGCAAACCUCUAUUCACCUCACCUUCAACACGCCUUUAGAAUUGAAGAACAAAUAUACCUCGAAAGAUGUGGAGUCCCUAUAUUUUCACCUUCACCAUAUCACCAUCAGAAUAGUACACAUUCACCAGCUCUUUAUGGACUGAAUCAUUUACAAUCGCCGUUAAUGAUGUCUCCUAGUAUAGCAGACAGAAUGAAAAUGGAAGAGGAUAGACAGCAAAAAGAAGAACGAGAGAGGGAAAAGAGAGAAAGAGGAAAGCACCAACGCAUUAAAAACACACAGCCAUCAACUGCUACAGAUCUUUCAGAUAGGAAGGCGUCAUUAAAACCCUCAACACCACAGACGACUAAAGCUCUAUUUACAUGUCCAAUUGAUAACACUUAAUCAUUUAAUUUUAUACAUAUACCUAUAUAAGUUACCAAAUUUCAAUACCUAACCACAUAAGACCGUUCAUUACUUCCGAAAUAUAUACCAACUGUAUAUAUUUGAAUGUGUUUACAAAAUCAUGCCUGUUACUAGUACUCCGACCAAUACUCUUCACACGUAAUAUAUUUAGUUUUGUGCCAUUCUUAUUAUUCAAUAUCAACCAAUAUCACAUUCAUUGGAUACUUUAUUUGAGUAUAACAGUAAAUAAGAAACAAAAUUAUGCUGUAUAUUAGUUUCAAAAUAUAUCAGGGGUAUUUAAUUUUGGGUGAAUAUAGUCAGACAAAAUAAUAACUUAAGUAUUCUAUUAAUACUUCUUUUGUUUUCAUUUUUCUUUUUUUGAAAGUCUGUACUAAAGAAAAUGCUAAUAAAUAGUAUUGUCGUUUUAUAUUCUAAUUGUUUACCUAAUAAAAAAUAGUAAAAUUAACAAUUUCAGAUUUCCGAUGGAAACGGGGGCUAUUUAAUUUUUAAACUGUACCAGCAAAAUCUAUGAGAAAAUUAGGCAACCUAAACAAUUUUAUGUUUAUUUACCAAUAUUAAAUAGUUACAAUCGUAUGAAAAUGAUUUUAGUUUACAGAAAAAAUAAUUUUUCUUAGCAAAAUAUGACCUGUUCAUUUCAAUCAAAUAAUUUGUUGCUUAAAAACAAAAAUUUUUGAUUGUAUUUAUUUAAAACAGAUGACCGAUAAGUAUAAAUCUGACUCUAUUUGUACACAUUUUUUCUUUUAUCUUAAUCUAUAACUCAGCCAAGUUAACUUUUGUUACACAUUAAACUUACAUUUAAGUUUUUUGGACCAUAUUGUAAUAUGAGGAGCAAUUAGUUACAAUAUGUACUGGCUAACUAAAGUAAUUAUUAUUUAUAAACGUGAAUUAUAAUAAGAUGGCCUUUAAGUAAGAUCUUCGAUAUUGUUUAUGUGAUAUUUUAACUACAAAUAUUAAGUUGUUAGCUAUUUAAACGUGUACGCUCUAUGAUAAAAGAGCUAACACUUAGAUACCAUCUAAUAUUACCUAUCCCUAUAUUAUACAUUUUAUGUAUUAUACUAAAUUAUAGACUAACAAAUAUUGGAAAUGACCAAUAAUAUCCUGUGAUCACUGUAGUUUGGUUAACUAACGCUUUAGUUCCCUAUACAUAUAUGUUUCAUGCCUUUUUAUUUUAAAAACUACCAUAAUUAAUGUUAUAUAUAUAUGUGUAUGUAUAUAUAUAUAGUUCCUACCCUCACAACCAAAUUUUAACUAUAUUUUAAUAUUAAUCAAUAGGUAUACUUAAAUCGACGUGUCCUCUUUCAGUAUUAUAAUAUGUAUGUACAUUUUUUUUUUUUUUUUUUUAUUCAUAACUUAUUCAUGAACAAAUUUUUAUUUUAAAAUGAUUUUGUUACCUUAUGACUGAACGCGAAGGCACAUUAAUAAAUAUAUUAAUUAUAUAUGAUAUCCGCACUCACUCCUACUAGAAUAUAAUACUUUUAUUAAUUUUAGAUAUAAAUAACUUAA